AUGGCGACAGACUCCGUCGACCCAGAGUUGAAACUUCCAAAGCGCUCUUCUCUCAUAUGCAUCAUAGCUUUGAAUGCUCUAUCGCAGGUGUCGAUGUUUAUCGUCGUUUCAUCGGCCAGCAAGUAUGCCGAGUACUUGGGAGGCACAGCGACGUUUUCAGGGCUUGUGAUCGGGAUCCCAGUCGUGUUCGCAGGAAUAGCACUCCUGCCUCUGAUGGCAAUUGAUCGAGGAGCAUACACCAUCCCAAUCUAUUUCGCGUGUGCGAUGGCUAUUAUAGGUCACAUUCUGUAUGGCCUGGCCUACCGUGCCAACUUCCUAUACCUCGUUCUCAUCGGGCGUUGCAUCAUCGGGUUCGGCUUCACGAAUUUCAUGUACUCUAAGCGUUUCUGCUCCGACGCCCGAAUAGUCGGUAUCCGCCGGCGCACGACUCUCGCGGGAUGGCUUGUUGUCGGCCAGGGAAUCGGGUUCAGCGUCGGUCCGUUCGUCGGGGGAUUGUUGUAUCGGGUUGGUUUCGAAAACGCUAUCUUUAAUGGGUACUCGAGCCCAGGGUGGGUCAUGGCCGCUGCGUGGGCUCUAUUUUGGUUCUUGUGUGUACAAUUCUUCGAGGACGUGCCGAGGGAACCUCCACGACCUGAGAAUGCGAUCCAACACAGCCCCGUUUCUUCUCCCCACACAAUCCCGCUCUCCGUCGUAGAAUCCGGACACGAUAUUGCUUCUCAACGGUCCAUCAGCCCCUCGUCGACCUUGACACCCGCUUCACACAAUCCUAAUCGCCGUCAAUACGGAGUGAUUGUGACGAUGUGCUGGUUCGCCAUGACCUGCUUCUUCAUCCUUGGGGGCUGGGAGUCCAAUUUGCCCAUCUUUACCGCUCAAGUGUUCGGCUACUCCCCUUUUGCCGCCGGUAACUUUAUUGCUCUCGGGGGCGUCUGCACAUUCCCUUUGCUGUUCGUCAACCUCUAUCUCGCGCGCCGCAUCCAAGACAGGUACAUACUCCUCUUCGGGGUGCUCUCGGGUCUCCUUGGCCUGCUCAUCACGGUCGCGAUCCUGAAGGCGGACGUGGUCACGUUUGGGUCGCUGUUCGUCUGCUGGUUCCUCGUGGCGCUCGGCUUCAAUAUAGCGAGCACCGUGACCAUGAGCUUGCUGUCGAAGCAGUGUCCGCCGGAAUGGAACGGGCGGCUGAGUUUGGCAAUUCAAUACAGCAACUUCGCAGGACGCGUGUCGGGCGCCGUGUGGGGUGGAGCGGGAAUCAAGGUGGGGAUGCUGAAUUAUGUCGGUCUGGAGAUAGCCUUGGUUGGCAUCGGAGGGGUCUUGUUCCUCACGUUGUGGAGAGAGCUGAAGGCGAAGACAGGGUGA